UACCGUAGAACUGUAUUCCGAAAUUUAAAGUUAUUUUUGAGUGAAAUAAUAGCAAAUCAACAUUAAAAUGACUGAAAAAGAUAUCACAAUUGAGGAACUCGAAGAAACUGUCAAACAAACAGACGUGCAAAUAGACCUCAUGGACUGGAAGAUGGAUAAUGUUGAAAAAGAGCUAGUGCAGCCUAUCAACGCUCAGGAGACCUGCAUCAUGAAUCUGCUUAAAUCAGUUUCGGAGGUACGUUCGGAUUACCAGCAGCUCCGACGUGAGCUGGUCGAAGUGCAGGCCCUGCAGCAGGAGUUGUCCACAAAACUGAGAGCUCAAGUAAGACUGGUGCAUGGAAAGUUCGCGAGACUGCGGCAACGGCUCGUGGCGGCAUCGCCACCUCGUUAAGAACCUUCCAUCAUAAUCGUCAUUUCUUCUAUGUCUUUGUAUAAAAACAAGAGUGCACAGUUUCGAAGUGAAACUUGUAUUGUCGUGGCGAUGGUAACUCUUCGUGGUCGAAUCACAGUGCAAAGGUUUUGUUGGAAAAUGUGAAACUAUGGAGAGUAGAGGUGAAGAUAACCAUCUUGUCUAAGGGACAAGUUGAAAAGGAGUCCAUCUCAUUUUGUUUGUUUUGUUUUGCAAGUUAUUGUUAGAAGACUCACUGGAAGUAGAAAUUCCUUCGACUUGCUAUUGUGGUGCCACCUUCAUUGACUCCCUUCCGGUGGACACUUUUCAAUACACUGAGAUGGUACUCCUUAUUUCUAUCCUCCAUGUUUGAAACGAAAGGUUUCUGUCGCAGAAAGAGCAGACAAUAGCUCUAUCUCUGUCGCUCUCUCUCGCUCCUUCAAUCACAAGAAAGUUUCACAUCUACAAAGUGCACUGAGCGCUGUUUUAUCUUGAUAUUAAAAUGAUAAGUAAAGUGCCGCGAAUUGAACACCACCCAGCAGCACUCCAAAGACAUAAGAAAAACUUUUAAUACUCUAAGGAUCGCACACAUUUAAAUCCUUGACUACACGAACGAAUAUUAAUCUAGUGCCUAGAAUAGUUUGUAUUCGGAAACUAGGACAUAACGUGCCAAUGUUUUAGUAUUAAUAUAGAUAGGAUAAAUUUCUGAUUAACAAUUACUAAUUUUAAAUAAUUAUAACGUAAUUAUCGCGUGCCACUUUUUAAGUAAUAUUUCCAUGAAGUUCAUAAGUACGUUAUUUUACUUAUGUGAGCUGAUCGACUUCCUUGAGAAGUUGGGCUGGGAGGAAUGAACACUCAGCCCACGUAAAGGUGGAACCAUAUCGUCUGGUAACGAAGAACUAUCUACGUUUCAAGAGUCAAUUACAU